AUGGGGGGCCCCAGGUAUGGGUCCAAGAGAAGGGGGGCGCCGGCGGGUGCUCUCCCAUUGGGGUUGCUUCUACUCUGCCUUCUCGUGAUAGCUGGCGAGGCAGCGGACUCAUACGGGAGCAACCAGAAGCAGACUCAACCCCCGUCGGCGACCAGCUAUAAGGACUCGCAAGCGGCGGGUUAUAAGGCGGCCAGCCCUUCUCCGAGGUUGUCGUACCAGCAGCCAACGCAGGCGUAUAAGGCGCCGGAGGCGACCAAAGCGUAUCAGGAGCCGGAGCGCACGCAGGCGUAUAAGGCGCCGGUGGCCACCAAAGCGUAUCAGCAGCCGGAGAAGACGCAGUCAUAUAAGGCGCCGAAGGCGACGAAGGGCUAUCAGGAGCCGGAACGGACGCAAGCGUAUAAGGCGCCGGAGGCCACCAAAGCGUAUCAGCAGCCGGAGAAGACGCAGGCGUAUAAAGCGCCUGAGGCGACGAAAGCCUAUCAGCAGCCAGAGAAGACGCAGGCGUAUAAGGCGCCGGAGGCCACCAAAGCGUAUCAGCAGCCGGAGAAGACGCAGUCCUAUAAGGCGCCAGAGGCAACGAAGGGCUAUCAGGAGCCGGAGAAGACGCAGUCGUAUAAGGCGCCGGAAGCGACGAAGGGCUAUCAGGAGCCGGAGCGGACGCAAGCGUAUAAGGCGCCGGAGGCGACGAAAGCCUACCAGCAGCCGGAGAAGACGCGGUCGUAUAAGGCGCCGGAAGCGACGAAGGGCUAUCAGGAGCCCGAACGGACGCAAGCGUAUAAGGCGCCAGAGGCGACGAAGGGCUAUCAGGAACCAGAACGGACGCAAGCGUAUAAGGCGCCAGAGGCGACGAAGGGCUAUCAGGAGCCGGAACGGACGCCGUCGUAUAAGGAGCCGGAGCGUACGCAGUCUUAUAAGGCGCCGGAGGCGACGAGAAGCUAUCAGCAGCCGGAGAGGACGCAGUCGUAUAAGGCGCCUGAGGCAACGAGAGGUUAUCAGCAGCCGGAGCCAACGAAGGGCUAUGGAAACCCAGAGCCGACUAAGGGUUACGGAAACCCGGAGCCCACCAGAAGCUAUAGUAACCCUGAGCCAACCAAAGGGUAUAAAAACCCAGAGCCCACCAAGGGUUACGAGAACCCCGAGCCAACCAAGGGUUACGGGAAACCGGAGCCCACGAAAGGGUACGGAAACCCUGAGCCGACCAAGGGUUACGGUAACCCUGAACCCACCAAGAGCUACGGGAAACCAGAGCCCACGAAGGAGUACAAGAAUCCAGAGCCGACAAAGGGUUAUGGAAACCCUGAGCCGACCAAGGGUUACGGGAAACCAGAGCCCACGAAGGAGUACAAGAACCCAGAGCUGACAAAGGGUUACGGGAACCCAGAGCCGACGAAGAGUUACGGAAACCCUGAGCCGACUAAGGCUUAUGGGAACCCUGAGCCAACCAAGGGCUACGGAAAACCGGAGGCCACGAAGAGCUACGGGGAUCCUGAGCCCACGAAAGGAUACGGAAACCCGGAGCCGACGAAGGGCUACGGAAAACCGGAGGCUACCAAAGGGUCUGAAAAGCCUGAACCGACGAAGGGUUACGGUAACCCUGAGCCGACCAAGGGAUACGGAAACCCUGAGCCCACGAAGAAUUACGGAAAGCCGGAGCCGACGAAGGGCUAUGGGAGCCCAGAGCCGACGAAAGGUUACGGCAACCCUGAGCCGACCAAAGGGUACGGAAAGCCGGAACCCAUGAAGGGCUAUGGGAAUCCUGAACCGACCAAGGGUUACGGGGACAAGCCCGAGCCGACCAAGGGUUAUGGAGACAAACAUGAGUCAACCAAGGGAUACGGUGACAAGCCCGAGUCAACCAAGGGUUACGGGGACAAACCCGAGUCGACCAAAGGUUACGGGAACAAGCCGGAGUCAACCAAGGGUUACGGGGACAAACCUGAGCCGACCAAGGGUUAUGGGGACAAACCUGAGUCGACCAAGGGAUACGGUGACAAGCCGGAGUCAACCAAGGGUUACGGGGACAAACCCGAGUCGACCAAGGGUUACGGGGACAAGCCGGAGUCGACCAAGGGUUACGGGGACAAACCCGAGCCGACCAAGGGUUAUGGGGACAAACCUGAGUCGACCAAGGGUUAUGGGGACAAGCCGGAGUCGACCAAGGGUUACGGGGACAAGCCCGAAUCAACUAAGGGUUACGGUGAUAAGCCCGAGUCGACCAAGGGUUACGGGGACAAGCCGGAGUCGAACAAGGAUUACGGAGACAAGCCCGAAUCAACCAAGGGCUAUGGGGACAAACCUGAGUCAACCAGGGGUUACGGAGAGAAGCCGGAGUCAACCAAGGGUUACGGGGACAAACCGGAGUCGACCAAGGGUUAUGGAGACAAGCCGGAAUCGACCAAGGGUUACGGAGACAAGCCGGAGCCGACAAAGGGUUACGGGAACCCAGAACCGACCAGAGGUUAUGGCAACCCGGAGCCGACAAAGAGGACUCCGCCAGCACCCACGGAUCGCCCGUACGGUAACCCGUCCACUAACCCGCCCAAGACUCCUGCGCCGAGCCACAGCACUCCCGCUCCCAAGCCCACCACGCCCCGCGGACCCCCCGACAGCUACCGUUGCUCCGGUUCCAGCUGCGCAACGGCCACCCACUCCUUCCAGCAGAGCCAAGCGCCCGGCGGAUGGGCCUCCGGCCAGUGGAUCUGGUUUAGCUCCGUUAUCCAAACCUCCCGGUUGAACGCCCCGAGCACCGUUACGAUUGCCCCGAGCACAAUCUCAGUCUGCGGCCUGAGCAUCCCAGCCCCCGCGGCAACGAUUAGUUUCAGCGCGGGGCCUGCGUCGACAAUCUUUUCGCGGGGGCAGUGGGUGACGUCAGCGAAUCAGGGGAAUGGUGACGUGUUCGCAGUCGGACUUGCGCACCAAGUCACCGCUUCCGAAGCGGUGGUUCUAAAAUCUUGCGGCGGAGGGGGGUCCCAGUACAGCUGGACGCUGUGUGUUUCGGCUCUUUCCACCCCCCCGGCGGGAGUGGAGAUCAGCUUCCAAGUGGCGGCCGCAGUUUACGCGCAGAUGACCGGUGAUCUGACCAAGGUUUACCCUGCCCCAGACAAAAAGUCAGCUAACCCGGGGUUAGGUUGCAACGCUCAGGCGUGCAGGGCCGGCUGUGCGAGGACUAACGACGCGGGGGCUCCUGCGGCCUUCGCCUGUUCCAGCAAUCUUCUCGGCGGAGGCACGGGGGGGAAGGGUUCCAACUUCGUCGGCAGUUACUCAAACAGCCCAAUGAUCUGCAUCGGUAAGGUCCUCGCUAAGAAUCAUUCUCCAUCUCAGUAG